AUGACAAAUGAGCUCGUGCGGCUAGUGCAGGCAUUCAACGUGGAACAUGCUUUCUCCAGGUGUUUUCCGCGUUUGGGCCGUGGUGACUGCUUGCGUGGCGUCCUUCUUGUUCCGCUCCGCCUGCAUUCUCUAUCUGUUUUGUGCCAACAAGUGGCUCGGCUGAAAUUGCCGGAGCAUCUGCCUAGCCGUGCAGAUGGCCGAUGUUCUGAGGCAGUUCUGGCCUUGUGCCUUGCUCCUGCCAUACUACUUAAUCUCCGAGGCUGCCCCUGCGGCCAUGCUGAUCUUGCUGUACCUUCUGUAGCAGCCUCAGCUCCAUGA